AUGUCGAACCAAGAGCUGGCAGAAGAGUGGCUCAAAACACGUCGCGGUCGCGGACUCCGCGACAAGGAGGCGGCCAUUUUCUUCGAUGCCAACAACACUGCUUCCGUCGUGAAUGAAUUUGGGAAGGUGAUGUCCUUGGCAGUCUCGCCCUACGAGCGAUCCCUCGACAGGUGCCUGCUAUACUUGGAUGAUGUGCAUUGCCGUGGAUGUGAUUUCCGCAUGCCAAGAGCCAGCAAAGCCGUCGUCACACUGGGGCGUGGUAUGCAGAAGGACAAGCUCGUGCAAGCUUGCAUGAGAAUGUGUUUGUUGGGCAAUGGGCAUGCCGUCGCUUUCCUGGCAUCCUUCGAGUUGGACCUCCAAGUCCAGACUUACCCAUGCAAGCCAGAGCUUCAGGACGCUCCCAUCGUCGCCUCCAUCCUCUCCUGGUGUCUCACGAACACUGCGAAGGCCAUCGCCGAAAAGCUGCCGUACUGGGCCAGCCAGGGAGCCGCCCGUAUCCGCAAGGAGGCUGCGUACGCAGCGCAUGCCAAGCCUGGCGUUGGCUUGGAGGAGCUUCCUAAGGUGGCUGGUGCCUGUGCGGAGGACGAAGUUCUGCUGCUGGAGAAAAUGUAUGGCCAUGCUCGUGCACAGGCGACUCUUCCUCAGAUCGUCAAAGAGGUGUUGCAUCAUGUUACAAAUGCCGUGAAUCGACUCGGCAAGUCUCGCAAUGGCCUUCGCUUGAGACGGCUACAGACCGAGAUCCAAGAUCGGGUUCAAGCUCUUGCUAGCGAUGUGAUGAUACCUUCAGGGAUGUUGGAUGAAGAGCAGGAGCGGGAGCUCGAAGCCGAGUUGGAGGAGGAAAGACAGUUGGAGCGUCCGGGCCCUGCAGAGCCGUGCAAACCCCAUGUGUCACCCGGCGUGCGGGAUCUUGCUACCAAAGGCCGCACGACUCAGCCAUUUCGCUCCAUUGCACAGCUGCUCCAGAGGACAUCCUUCCCUCACCAGGAUUGGGCUGUGGUAAAUGUCAACGUGACCCCUGACUUCAUUGCCACCGUCGAAAACACCGGUGUUCUCGACAGCUACCUUCGACCAGCCCUCUGGCUGCUGCAAGGACACAAGCAGCAGGUCCUGAUCUCCAACUACGAAGCCGAAGCUAUUGCAAGCUGCUUCAGCACAGGUCCUGAUGCGAAGCUGGUGUUGGUGAGCCGGCGCCUUCGUCCCCAUCAGUCGCCAGUUAGCGACGUGCCACUUCCGACCGCCGUCCAUGUCUUCGCUGGCAGCCUGUAUGGCAUUGCAGAGACGCCGCAGGAUUCAGAGAUCCAGCAGCAGCGCAGCUUCUUGGGAAUCAGCCGGGCCGUCUCCAAGAGUGAAGCGUGGACUGAUUUCUACAACCGCCAGGUGGUUGAGAGGGAUGGCUUUGUAGCGCCCUUCAAUCGGGCUCGAGUCUCGGCAGAGGAUCCAUCUCUGACCUUGGAGUCUUCACCUUUUGCAUCGAGCCCGGUGCGCAUGCUACGACGUCUCCUUGGAGCCCGACACCUGGGCGGUGAGCUCCCUUUUGCACCGAUGGGAAUGCUUUUUUUCACGGACUGCGAUGAUUAG